AUGUCCUAUCAACUCUCUACAACUGUCACAGAUGUUGUAAAAGCAGUAAGAGAAUGGAUGACAGCAAAUAAAUUAAAGCUAAAUAUCAACAAAACGCAAUACAUGUGGCUAGGAACACCUCAUAAACUCCUUCAGGUUGACGGGUUCAAAGAUCCAGUGACAAAUCUAGGUGUGGCUAUGGAUCCAGACCUUUCAAUGAAGUCUCAUACCAGCAAGGAGGCUAUACUAAACUUCCAUGUUUUUUAUGUGAGUGGGAUAGCAGGGCAGAUAAAAAGCUCACUGGGGAAAAAAUAUUGGCAGUUCGUGAAAGAGUUGGACAAAGAAGUGUUUUGUACCAAAUUUCAAAAAAUCGGUAACGAGAAGCUGAAGGCAGGGAUCUUCGAUGGUCCAAAUAUCAGAAUGCUCAUGAAAGAUAACGAAUUUAUUAAAAUAAUGAAUGAAUUGGAAUUAAAUGCAUAG